AUGGACGGCUUCGACCUUCUCGUCAUCAAUGGGCUCGUGGUGACCGCCUCCGACACCGCGAACUACGACAUCGCUAUCAAGGAUGGGAAGAUCGCGCUACUGGCUCCUCCGGGCGUACUGGGCACCAGUAGUGCGAAGAGGGUGAUUGAUGCCGAAGGUGGCUAUGUGAUGCCCGGUGGCAUUGAUUGCCAUGUGCAUCUCGAAGAGCCUGCGCUGUUCGGCGGCAAGGGCAGAAGCUCGGAUAACUUUGAGACGGGCACGAGGAGCAGCAUCUGUGGAGGGACCACGACGAUUGUGGCAUUUGCACCUCAGGCCAAAACCAUACCCUCGCUCCUCCAGGUCCUUGAAGAUACUCAGGCACGAGCCAAAGACAACUGCUACACUGAUUACUCAUUCCACAUGCUCGUCGGCCACCCGGGAGAACAGGCUCUGUCAGAAUUCCCACGUCUGCGCGAACUCGGCAUCUCCUCGCUCAAGAUAUACAUGACCUACGCGGCCCUGCAACUGCGAGACGACCAGAUCCUCGACGUGUUGCUGGCGUCGAGAAAGGAAGGGAUCACAACCAUGAUUCAUGCAGAGAACGGAGAUGUGUUGACUUGGAUGACCAAGAAGUUGGAGGAGAGGAAGCUGUAUGCUCCAAAGUACCACGCCACGUCUAGACCACAGAUCGUGGAGACGGAGGCGACAAAUCGGGCGAUUGCGCUAGCCGAGCUGAUGGACGCGCCGAUCCUUGUUGUGCAUGUCUCGUCCCCCAGCGCCGCAGCCCACCUUCGUAACGCCCAGACUCGUGGACUUCCCGUAUACGCCGAGACAUGCCCACAAUAUCUCUUCCUGACCCAGGCGGACCUGGAUAAACCAGGCUUCGAGGGCGCAAAGUGCGUCUGUUCCCCUCCGCCUCGCGAGUCUGCCCAUGACCACGACGCCAUCUGGAUAGGUCUCGCCAACGGUACAUUCACAGUGCUCUCCUCCGACCACUGCCCCUUCAUGUACGAAGACUAUGAGAAGGGCAAGAAAUCCAUCAUCAGCGAGGAGUACCCCGAGGGCCGAUUCAGUGGCAUUCCCAAUGGGUGCCCCGGGAUCGAGACCCGCCUUGCACUGACGCUGAGCGCGAACAGACUGCCGCUGCAAAAAUUCGUGGAAGUGACCAGCACAAAUGCAGCUCGCCUGUACGGAUUGUAUCCACAAAAAGGCACAAUUUUACCAGGCGUCAGCGAUGCAGACCUCACAAUCUGGUAUCCACCAGGCAAGUUGGGGACGUUCAAACUCACUAAUUCCAUGCUCCAUCACAAUGUGGACUAUACCCCCUUCGAGGGGAUGGAGCUCAAUCAGUGGCCAAGGUACACCAUUCUCAGAGGUGAGGUUGUGUGGGACAGAGAUGGUGGUGGGCUGCUCGGCAAGAAAGGGUACGGUAAGUUCGUCGCGAGAGGGAAGAGCACGCUCCCGGGGCCCAGACAGGCCGGUGAAUGGGACGUGAGCGUUUUCUAA